AUGGCCAAUGACAGCGGUGGGAGUGGCGGGGCAGGACAAGGCGGCGGCGGCGGCGGCGGCACCAGCAACGGCGGCACCGCCAGCAGCGAGCGGGACCGGCAGUACUGCGAGCUGUGCGGGAAGAUGGAGGACCUGCUGCGCUGCGGCCGCUGCCGCAGCUCCUUCUAUUGCAGCAAGGAGCAUCAGCGGCAGGACUGGAAGAAGCACAAGCUCAUCUGCCGGGGGAGCGGCGGCGGCGGGGCAGCAGGGGGCGCUGCGGAGCAACGAGGCGACCCCGCCCACCGCGGCGACGCCGCCCCCCGCCCCCCGCAGGGCCCCGCUCAGCAUUCGGAGGCGGCAGCAGCAGGAGGCGGCUGCGUGGUCUGCAAGGAAGGCGCGGCCGCACCACCAGCAGCAGCAGCAGCUGCAAAGAAGGCGGCGCCUGCCCAGCCGCGGCCGGACACCAGCUCGGAAGAGGCCGCGGUGGCGGUAGUCGCCGAUAACCACGUGGGCCAGGCGGCGCCGGAGGCCCGAGGGCCGGAAGAGGAGGACGGGGCGGCGGCGCCGGCGGGCGGGGAAGGCGGCCUGCUGCUGUACAGCGGGGGCCCCCGCGUGGCGGCCGGCGCCUCGCUGCGCCCCAACGGGCAGAUGAAGUCGCUGGUGCCGCAGCGGCUGGCGCUGGAGUACAUCGUGCCCUGCAUGAACAAGCACGGCAUCUGCGUGGUGGACGAGUUCCUGGGCAAGGAGCUGGGCGGGCAGGUGGCGCACGAGGUGCGCGCCCUGCACCACACCGGCCGCUUCACCGACGGGCAGCUGGUCAGCCAGAAGAGCGACUCGUCGCGGGACAUCCGCGGGGACAAGAUCACCUGGGUGGAGGGGAAGGAGGCCGGCUGCAAGGCCAUCGGGAAGCUCAUGAACAGUAUGGACGAUCUCAUUCGCCACUGCAACGGCAAGUUGGGCGACUACAAAAUCAACGGCAGGACGAAAGCAAUGGUGGCUUGUUAUCCAGGCAAUGGAACAGGAUAUGUGCGUCAUGUUGAUAACCCAAAUGGAGAUGGAAGAUGUGUCACGUGUAUAUAUUACCUUAAUAAAGACUGGAAUGCCAAGGUAAGUGGUGGUAUUCUGCGAAUAUUUCCAGAAGGCAAAGCCCAGUUUGCUGACAUUGAACCUAAAUUUGAUAGACUGCUAUUUUUCUGGUCUGACCGCCGCAACCCUCAUGAAGUACAGCCAGCAUUUGCUACAAGGUACGCAAUAACAGUGUGGUAUUUUGAUGCAGAUGAAAGAGCACGCGCUAAAGUAAAAUACUUAACAGGUGAAAAAAAUGUGAGGGUUGAACUUAAUAAACCUUCCGAUUCAAAUGGGAAAGACGUUUUAUAAAGCCGUUUGAUCUAGCAAUUUCCUGUGCUACGUCCUGUCUCUUCUCCAUCCUCCCCCCAAAGCAAACUUUGGCGCUAUCUAUUAACUUUUGAAUGUGAAUAAUGGGGAAAAGGAAAAUCAACGCCAAAUCGACAUUUUGAAUAAACAAAUGAAUAUUGGGGUUCAGUGUUGCGUCAAAUGGAUUUCUAACCGCUGAAGCAUUGUACUACAUGAUUGUGACUCCAGUCCUGUAACUGCAUAUGUGAAG